AUGCUGUCCGCUACUCUCAACCCCCCAGCAAACAAGAUGAUCCCCACCAUCCCCGAGUCUGGGGAUGGCAGCCCAGAAGAGGUCAUUCUGGAAUCGCGCGUCCUGAUCAUCAUGACAGGCGGCACAAUCUGUAUGCAGCCCUCGCCGUCAGGCUUCAUUCCAGCCCGUGGCUUCCAGGACAAGUGCAUGGCGCGGGUCCCCACCUUCAAUGAUGCCUCUACGCCUACGCCUAUGGGGGUGGUGGUGAAUGCUGCCGGGGAUCAGACGGAACAUCCGAGUCUGCGCACGCCCAUGACUGCUUAUGGCCGCCGGGUGCGGUACACCGUUUAUGAGUUUGAGGAGCUGCUGGACAGCAGCUCCAUCGAUGCAAAGGGUUGGGCGCAGAUUGCUGAGACUGUGGAGCGCAACUAUACCCUCUUUGACGGGUUCGUUAUUCUUCACGGCACGGACAGUCUGGCGUAUACGUGCUCUGCGCUCAGUUUCAUGCUGCAGAAUCUGGGUAAGCCGGUUGUGUUGACUGGUUCUCAAGCACCAAUGCUGGAAUUGCAGAAUGACGCCACUGACAACUUGCUCGGGUCAUUGGUGGUUGCGGGACACUUUAUGAUUCCUGAGGUGUGUCUGUAUUUCAAUAAUCGACUUUUCAGAGGAAACCGCACUACCAAGGUUGCGGCGAGCGAUUUCGCUGCGUUUGAUGCACCGAACUGCCCCCCUCUGGCAGUGACCACUUCCAUGCGCACCAAUGUGAACUGGGAUAUGGUGCAUCGUCCCACCAGUCUGGAACAUUUCAGCAUUCAGACGAAUCUGGACACCACACACGUUGCUUGUUUGCGUAUCUUCCCCGGUAUCAAACCGGAGAUGGUGGAUGCCGUAUUGAAGCUAGACGGUCUGCGCGGUUUGAUUCUCGAGACCUUUGGUGCAGGCAAUGCCCCCUCUGGCCAGGAUAACGCCAUGAUCAACGUUCUAGCCAGCGCUAUUAAACGCGGCAUUGUGAUCAUUAACAUCACUCAGUGCCUCACAGGCAGCGUGAGCCCAGUCUACGCCACGGGCAUGAGUCUAUCCCGAGCAGGUGUAGUAGCUGGUCUCGAUAUGACAACCGAAGGAGCCCUGACCAAACUGGCCUACCUACUCGCCUUGCCCGAUUCCACCCCCGAGACCAUCGCCAAGCGCAUGUCUGUCUCUAUCCGCGGUGAGCUCACCGAAUCUUCACUACCUAUCUUCCGCCACCCGGACGGUGCUCUCCCCGAGCGCAUCCAAACCCUCACCUCGAUGGGCUAUGCCAUUGCCCACGGCGACCUCGAGAAGGUCCAAGCCAUCACCAAAACCGAACACCAUUGGCUUCUGAACGACGCCGAUUACUCCGGCAAUACCCCCAUGCAUCUGGCUGCUACUGCCCCCUCUAUUCAGAUUCUUCACUUCCUCCUCUCCCAGGGCGGCUCCGUGCACCUGCGCAACCGUGCCGGCCGCACCCCGCUCUUCCUUGCGGCCAACGCAGGCCUGUCGGAGCACACGCUUCUCCUCCGGAAGUCCGGUGCUCACCUGCACUCGGACGAGCGCCCGGCGGCGGAGCUGCUGGCGCGUCACAGACCUUUCGUCUGGGGUAUGGCGGGGGUUGGGCCGAAAGAGAUUAGCCAGCGUGAGAUGGACGAGGAAUGGGAAUGGGAUGCUCGGCAGAACCGGAUGACGGCCGGCUCUGCGCCCUCGUGA